GAUGGCGUUAGUCUCGGUGUAGAGUGGCCGAGAGAAAGAACCAACUCACUUUGCGCUUAGAUUCAUUUCACAGAGCUGCUGCUUCUUGCCUCUUUCUCUCUCUCUCUUUUUAUCUCAUCAUGUUUAGUCGACUCGGGAAUUCCGGCCAGUGCGGGCGCUGGUAAAAAAGUUCCUAUUCCCAAACAAUCGUCCCCCGCAGUCUACCCCCUUUAUGGGCCUUUUGAUAUCUGAACCAGCAAAUUUGCCGCGUUUGUUUUGUGCCUUUUGCUCGUCAGUGCGCGUUUCUUGACGGUUUUUAGACCUACCACCAACCACCACCACAUCCAGUGGCCAGUCGUUCCAACUUUUUCUUCCGGUGGGGGCCAACAACAACUUUUGUUUGCCACAACGUUCACCUGACGUUGAAAUUCGUCUGCUGCUGGAUAUCAUAUAGCCCGUCACACCCGGUUAUUUCAAUAAAACAAACAAAACGUGGACCAAUUAGUUUUGUGUUUUUCCUUUUAUCAAAUGGAUUACUUCCGCUUUUCGACUCAUCUGGACGGACCGGCUGCUGGCGGCCUCAUCAGCCUUUUAUUAAUAGCCUCGAUCAUCAGUCAGCCGAUGGUCAUAUCAGCACGGUCACAAGUCAAUGUUAUGCCCUACGCCUCCGGACGGGCAGGGCCGUUCGAGACUUGCGUGAAUGUCACCAGUGGAGAGGAGGGUCGCUGCAUGUUUGCCAUGGAUUGUUUCCGCGCCAGAGGCCGUCACGUGGGCAUCUGCACCAAAGGGUUCUAUUUCGGAUCGUGCUGUACCCUGCCGACGUACUCUUCAUCGACGACCAAUCCUCCGCUUAUCAUUCGCCCGCCAUCAGCUGCCUCGUCGUCACCAGCCAAGGAGCCGCUGCCGCUGCAGCUGACAGCCGACAAUCUCCCCCGGGUGCCGAUAGGCGUUUUGGAGAGCAACGAUAUCGACGGCCCGGAUGCGGGUCGGCCACCUUUCGAUCCGCUGGAUUUGAGCUAUUGGCCCGACCUGCUGGCCGACAUCUACGCCCUCAAGCCGCAGCCCAUUACUUUGCCUAAAUUUCCCUACUCGACCUUUCACGCCCCGUCCAUUAGCAGCAGCAGCAGCAGCAGUCACGGUAAUGCCGCUAGCAGCUCGACAGUCUCACCCGUUGUAGUUAGUCCUGGUUCGAUCGGGCCGGCGGCCGUGAACGCCACCACUCCGUCCAGCUCCAUUCCGCCGACGACCACUCCGUCCUCCACUGUAAUGACGACUGUAACAACCGCAACGACAACAACAACAACAACCACGACACUUAGAACUCCUUCUUCUUCUUCUUCUCCUUCUACUACCACUACUUCUGUCCCGACAACAACAACCACAACAACGACUUCCAGCAGCACUUCCAGCUCUGCCGUAACGGAGAUGAGUCCUCUCUCUUCUAGCGGGACAUGGACGACGACGUGGACGGGAAUGGGAUCGACCAAACCCAAUGUCACCGUCAUCUACGCCAACGCCGUGGUGGAGAGCCAAACCCCUGGGGUGGUGCCAAUCCAGGAGAGCUGGCUCGAGGAGGAGGAGGUUGUCGAUCUACCGAUGCCAUCGAUCCCGCCGACAUCAUCCACCAGCACCACCACGACGACCGCUAAGCCGCCCGCACCAUCGACGACAGGAACAUCGUCGACGAGUGUUCCGUCGUCACCCACGACGACGACGACGACAACGCCCACCAGCUCCAGCAGCUUACCUGUGGCUAUUAAGGAUGAGAGCAAUGUCACUUUCACCCUGUUGCCCUCAUUGGCUCCGGCCCCCGACCUCCAGCGACUCGCAGGUGCAGUUUGCGGGAAGCCCGUCUACCGGUGGCCGAAAAUCGUUUCGGGAGAAAACGCUCGACUCGGCCAGUGGCCGUGGCAGGUAACGCUGCAAGAGAAGACGAGGCGAGGAUACUUUCACAAGUGCGGAGCGUCUCUAUUGUCCAAGGACUGGGUCAUUACCGCCGCUCAUUGUCUCAGCAAUGUUCAGCCGGAAAGCCUGUUGGUUCGCAUGGGCGGCAUCGAUUUCGCCAGCGUCGAAGACAAAUGGAUCGAAAGUCGGGUCCAGCCCGUCCAGCACCCGCAGUUCAACAUUCACACGCAGGCGAACGACAUUGCCCUGUUGAAGCUGCUCACUCCACUCGUUACAUACCAAUCGAGUACGUUGCCCAUCUGCCUGCCGGACAAGGAUAUGGAAUUCGAUGGCGACCAGUCGUUCGUCUCUGGAUGGGGUAGACUUGGCGAAAAAAGUCCAAUUUCAACGCGGUUGCAGUACGUCGGCGUGCCCAUCAUCAACAACACGGAAUGCCAAAAGAUUUACCAGUCGAUCCACAAGAAAAUUGAUCGCCAAUCCAUCUGCGCCGGCUACCCGGAAGGACUCAAAGACUCGUGUGAAGGUGACAGCGGUGGUCCCAUGAUGGUUUACAAACGUGGCCGUUGGGUGCUGGCCGGCAUCAUUUCAUGGGGAGUCGGGUGCGCCCGACCCAACCAGCCUGGAGUUUCCACUCGAGUCACGGAGUUUCUCGACUGGAUCCAAUCGACGCUGGAUGGCGAUUCGUUACCUGCAACAUGAAAAACCUUUUUUUAUUAUUAUUAUUUUAACCGGAAGAAAAUAGGAGAAGAUAAUCAAAAAAAAAAAUAAUAAUAAUAAUUAAUAAAUAAGACAAUUACUACGAGGAAAAGAGAAGAGCCAAAAAUCGGUUGACCGAAGAAUUCUAUCGAUGAUUCUACACAUUAUUUCUUAAUUCGUUUUGUUUUAUUAUUUUUUUUUUCGAAUUUUUUGCGUCAAUUUUGAUUAUCUACUACGUCCUGGUUUUCAGGAAGACUUUAAGUUUUUCGCUUAUAUUUUUUUGUUUUUUGGUCAUAAUGGGGAUGGUGAACGCUGGGGUCCGUUAUUUUAUGUGACAUGACAUUUUGAAAGUUAUGACGACGUAAAUACGGUACACCUCGUUGUGUGCGCAAGUCGGUGGGUCUUGUCUAUUGUGCGUGAGUGUGUUUGCGACUGUAUAUAAUCAAAUAUUAUAAUCGUUGGGCUAAGCGCGAGAUCAAACGGAAUUGUUACGGACGUCGUGCGAAUAACGAGACGGAAAAAAAUAUACGGAGACAGAAAACUGCCAUCAGGCAGUGGCUAUUUUUCAUUUAAA